AAAGAGGAACGCGCGUACUAAAUAAAUAAAAAGAUUUAAUAUAAUCUAUCGGAAUCGGAUCGGAAGUGAAGGAAAAUGAGCCAAGCAGCGGCGGCGGCGGCAGCGCACAACGUAUUUGUAUACGGAAGCCUAUUAGCAGAUGAUGUGGUCCGUGUCCUCCUGAACCGAGUCCCCCCUUCCUCCGCUGCUGUUCUGAAUAACUUCCACAGAUUUAGCAUUAAAGGACGCGUUUAUCCGGCAAUUCUCCCUGUCCAAAACAGUCAUGUUACCGGCAGGGUGUUGUUGGGACUAACGGAUCCUGAAUUGCUUAUUUUGGAUGAAUUUGAGGAUGUUGAGUACCAGAGGACUAGCGUUGAGGUCUCUUCGCUGGAAAAUUCUGACAAGUUACAAGCUUACGCCUAUGUCUGGAGCAACAUAAGUGAUCCCAGCUUGUACGGAGAAUGGGAUUUUGAGGAAUGGAAACAAUUGCACAAGGAAAGCUUUACCAAGAUGACCAUGGGAUUUAUGGAAGAACUAGAGCUGCCUGAAUCAAAGCCAAGAGUGGCCACAUACGAAUCUUUCUAUCAGCAAGGUUCUGAAAAUUGAGGAAACGAUAUAAUAUAGUUUCUUAACAAUCUAGGACACUCGAUUGUCGUCGAUCGAUGUUAGUUAUCUGUUUGUUUUG